AUGCCAACUCUGGCCAAGUCCCCACUAGACAACGACGCCUACCAGCGGGUGGAGACGCCACGCCACAAACCGGUGACCAGCAGCGAAUCCGACGUCUCUGAGUCCAAAAAGGAGCCGAGUUUGCGCCGCCAGAUCGUGGAUGGAGGCCCCACGAGCUUCAAGUUCACACACUUAUACCGCUACGCCACUUCAUUGGACAAAUGGCUGCUACUAGUGGGCGUUAUUACAGCGGGAGCCAAUGGCGCGCUCUUCCCACUCAUGGCCAUCGUCUUCGGAGACGUUCUUACGGGCUUCAGUAGUAUCCCCGUGGACAUGGAUACAGUGAAUAAGGCAGCACUUGACUUCUUCCUCAUCGCUGUAGCCAUGUUCUUCACGGACUAUCUAAGCUACGUGACGUUCUAUUACAGCGCCGAGAGGCAGAUGAAAGCUCUGAGAAGCGAGGCACUGAAGCACAUGUUGUACCUGGACAUUAGUUGGUACGAUGAGAACGACGCUCUGCAACUAUCGAGCCGUUUGACGGGCGACACUGUCAAGAUCAAAGACGGGAUGGGUCAGAAACUCGGAGACUCGUUCCGCUUCACUGUGCAGUUUAUAGUGGGCUUCGCUAUCGGCUUUGUAAGAGGCUGGGAUAUUACCUUAGUCAUGGCUUGUGUGAUGCCCUUUAUGACUAUUUCACUGGGCUGGUUGAUUAAAACCAUGAGGAUCAAGUCGGACUGGGCACAGAAGGUCUAUGCUGAGGCUGGAUCGGUUGCUGAGGAGACGCUGGGGUCCAUUCGGACGGUGGCGUCGCUGAAUGGAGAGCAGAAGGCGAUCAAGAAGUUCGAGGACAAGGUGUUUGAAGCCGAGAGAGAGAAUAUCGCUUUGCACAAGAUGACGUCGGUGGUGUUCUCCAUGUUUCUGGGGAGUGUGUGGAUCAUGUACUCCAUUGGGUUGUGGUAUGGCGGCUGGAAGGCUUCGCAAGGUAACACGACGCCUGGAGAUGUGUUUGCUGCGUUCUUCGGCGUCAUGAUGGGCACAGGAUCGCUUGCACAGAUCUCCCCUAAUGUUACUGCGGUGUCCAAGGCUGCUGGCGCGGCGGAGGAGCUGUUCGCUAUCUUGGAUACGCCAAGCGCCAUUGAUGCCGAGAAGGAAGACGAAGGAAUCAUCCCUGACAAGUGUGAAGGCAAAAUUGAGGCGGUGAAUGUCAAUUUUACGUACUUGAGUCGUCCUGACGCCCAGAUCCUGCGGGACUACAAUGUGACUAUCGAACCGGGUCAAACGGUGGCAUUUGCUGGUGCUAGUGGGGGUGGGAAGAGUACGUUGAUUGCGUUGAUUGAGAGAUUCUACGACCCCACGAGUGGCACGAUCUACCUUGAUGGUCGAGAUGUCAAGACGCUGAACGUCAAGUGGCUACGUUCACAGAUCGGUAUGGUCUCUCAGGAGCCGGUGCUAUUCGCGACGUCCAUCUUCGAGAACAUCGCUAUGGGUGGCGACAACGUGACUCGUGAAGAAGCCAUAGAAGCGUGCAAGCUGUCGAACGCACACAACUUCAUCAUGUCGUUACCGGAGAACUACGAUACGCUGGUUGGAGAGAAGGGUGUGUCUCUUUCUGGCGGUCAGAAGCAACGUGUAGCCAUCGCUCGUGCUAUCGUACGUAAGCCGAAUAUUUUAGUGUUGGAUGAGGCCACGAGUGCUCUAGACAACGAGAGUGAGAAGAUCGUUCAGGCGGCAUUGAACAAUCUGAUGGCCACGACGAACAUGACGACGCUGGUGAUCGCUCACCGAUUAAGUACGAUUCGAAGCGCUGACAAGAUCGUCGUGCUGAACGAGGGUCACAUCGUGGAGAGCGGCACUCAUGAUGAAGUUUACUGA